GGCCACCAUUUUCAAAAGAUACAAUAAUAUGAAUUAUUGAUUAAUUCAACUCAUGCAGUCAGGCCUAUGUUUUGGAUACGAAAUCCUACCUCCCUCACCUUGUUAAAUACAACUAUUAAUUACCUAUAACUCUUCCAUUUUUAAGAUUAUUAAAAAGAAUAGGUAUUAGCAAAGACAAACCAGCGUUAUAAAUACACCCCAAUCUUCCUUUCUUCACUUCUUGGCUCUUGAUCAUUUUUACCAAAUCUCCUCCCAUCAGCAACGACCCGCCACUGGAUAUAUUGGAUAAUCACUUCUCUCUUUUUCUAACCUCAAAUAUUUUUAUUUUUACUUUUUUUUUUUGUUUGGUCAUGGAAAACUAUGCACAUAGUUUCCAUUACUCAUCUUCUAGUAAUCCUCCCUUUUCAGAUUUCCCAAUCAUGACUACUACUUCUGGUAAUAUUGUUAACGAUAUUAUUGAUCAUCAUCAUCAUCACCAUCAUCACAGCAAUAAUGUUUUGAUGGUUUCUCCCACUUCAGAUGUCAUGAGCAAUAGCUUCGGCGCCGGCGGUGGCGGCAAUAAUAGUACUACUCAAGAACAAAUAACAACAGAUCAUCAUCAUCAGGAGGAGGUGAAAUCCGGGAAGAAAAAAGGGGAAACUAACAACACUAAGAAGAUGAAGAAGCCUAGAUAUGCUUUCCAAACGAGGAGCCAGGUGGAUAUUCUUGACGAUGGAUAUCGAUGGAGGAAGUAUGGUCAAAAGGCCGUCAAGAACAACAAAUUCCCCAGGAGCUACUACCGGUGUACACAUCAAGGGUGCAACGUGAAGAAACAAGUGCAAAGACUAUCAAAAGACGAAGGGGUAGUGGUGACGACUUACGAAGGGAUGCAUUCUCAUCCAAUUGAGAAAUCAACUGAUAAUUUUGAGCAUAUUCUGAGUCAAAUGCAAAUUUACACUGCAAUGUAGAUUUAGAUUAAUUUAAUAUAUACAUAUAUAUGUAGUCAGAGAGUACAUGAAUAUAUAUAUAUAUAGAGAGAGAGGUAAUAAUCAUCCACGUAUUUAGAAAUGUUCAACUCCAUCAAUAACGAUCAAUUUUUUCACCCCUUUGGUUCUAGAAAGCCAUUAAUUUAUCAAAAUGUUCAAACGGAGUCACUCUUUUCCAUUUACCAUUUGCAGAGUUGAUUUUUCUUUCUUAGUGUCGUUGAAUGUAUUGGCUCAUUGAUUACGUCUAUCUAUAUCUAACAAACAAGGUUUUAACUUUUAAGUUUACCUUUUUCUUCAAUCGACAUUAAUUUUCCCACCCAUCCCGGCCUUACCCCUCUCAAAUUGACAAUUUCACGAAUUCUCGAUUUGUUGCAAUGC